GUCAUUUUCCGCAGAGACAGCUGAUGCGGCGCUGUUUUCCGCUUCUCCCAUAACCUAACCUGCCUCGAGUACUUGUCAGUGCGAAUUCUCUCUGAGACCUGCCUUUUUUAAAUUCAGCAAAGCCAGGCAACAUGUUGCACAGAGAGAGUUUAUCGCAGUUAUGGCUUUUCAUGUAUGCUACGCUAGCCGUGGUUAGCUGCUUCACUGACGUCAUGGAUUCAGGGCCUGGAGAUCGGUUCAAAAUCGAGGGAAGAGCGAUAGUUCCCGGCAUUAAAACACAAGACUGGGUCUCUACGGCCAGAGUCUUGGUCGAGGGUGAGGAGUACGUGGGGUUUUUAAGAACUGAUGGGAGUUUCGCUGUGAAUGAUGUUCCUUCAGGAUCUUACGUCGUUGAAAUCGUUACACCAACAUAUAGGUUUGAACCAGUGCGUGUUGAUAUCACAUCUAAAGGAAAAAUGAGGGCACGUCUUGUGAAUUACAUCAAAACAUCAGAGGUGAUUCGCCAGCCGUACCCUCUUCAAAUCAGGUCCAUUGGUCCUCACAGCUACUUUAUGAAGAGAGAAACAUGGGGCUGGACAGACUUCCUCAUGAACCCUAUGGUUAUGAUGAUGGUUUUGCCUCUGCUGAUCAUUGUUUUGCUGCCUAAGGUGGUCAACACCAAUGACCCAGAGAUGAGGAAGGAAAUGGAGCAGUCCAUGAACAUGCUGAACCCCAACCCCGAGCUCCCGGACGUCUCCGAGCUCAUGACCAAGCUCUUCUCUGGAUCCAAGGGCUCCAGCAAGGCAAGCAGCAGCAGCAGCAGCAAGGGCAGCAGGCCGCCAGCCAAGAGGAGGUAGUUACUGCACACGGCUGCUGAGACCAUCUGGCAGCAUUAAAGCAAGGUUUUUAAGUGUCAUCGUUCCCCCGCUCCUCUGGGUCUAUUGUACAGAUUUCUCUAUGAAAACAUGUCUCCAGCAUUUUUUUUUCCAUACAGCACUGAUUUAAAACAAAUCUGUAAAAGCUGUUUUCUUUCUCUCCGUAUAUAUUCCUGAUGUAAAAGGUUUCUGUCAGUCUUCACUGUGCURAGCUUUGGUUUUGUUUUUCCACUGCUGCUAAAUUCUUCUGUCUAAAAAAAAGAGCAAAUAUACAUAUUAAUAGAUGUUCUUUUUGGUCCAUUUUGAUAAUCCGACUGUGAAUGAAAAUAAGUUAAACUUUAAGAUGAAUAAAUUCUUAUUUAAAGCUCUAUAUAAAUUAAAAUGUAUCAAACAGCUUUUAUUUCAGAUCAUCCUAUUUGACCUCAUACUUUAAAAUAAAAUUGUGGCGUACUGUAUGCCUUUAUUUCACAUACUGUACAUUAUGUGCCUGAGAUGUGUAAAUUAUAUGACAAGUCAAAGAGUGGAAGAACUGUGUUUGUUUUCAGAUUUCUAUGGAGAUCUGGUUUUACUUAAAAUAAAAUGGAAUAUAAUGUCAAAAUUAAA